AUGGACGCAGAAGGCGUCGAGUACAUGCUGCUCUCUCUUACCUCUCCGGGAUGCCAAGGGAUACCUGACCAAAAACUGGCUGAGAAGUCUGCAACAGAGUUCAAUGACUGGCUAGCGGCAGAGGUUACGAAGAAUUCUACGCGCUUCGGUGGGUUGGCGGCAUUAUCUAUGCAUGAUCCUUCACAGGCGGCAGCAGAACUGGAACGAACUGUCACGGAGUUGAAUUUUUUCGGCGGCCUGGUGAACGAUUUUCAAACCAUGGGCGAUGGUUCAGGGAAACAGUACUAUGAUACACCUUUCUACGACCCGUUUUGGAAGAAGGUACAGGAGCUAGAUGUGCCAAUAUACUUUCAUUCUCGAUACCCACCAGCAAAGGAUCUUGAAGGGCACGAUCCAAAGUACGGCGGUCGUAGACACUUAUUGGGCGCAGGUGUCCAGUUUCAUUUGGACCUCUCGUUUCACAUAUAUUCCAUGUGCUCUUCUGCUGUUUUCGACCGUUUCCCUCGUCUGAAGAUCGUGGUUGGUCAUCUCGGAGAGAAGUAA